CCUGAAAUCAGAUAACAGCAAAAUCUAUGAGGGAAAAGAAGUAACUCAUUGUAAGCAACAUCAGUCAUAAUGUGCCUUUUGCAUUUGCUGUCAUAUAGCAUUACACUUAUUAAUUUAUGUAUACUUAGGCCCCGUUUACACUAUGCCGGUACGAAAUGAAAACGGUAUGAAAACGUGCUGUUUUGGCCUUCCGUUUACACUGAAACGGGAUCGUAUCUGGUAUAAAACGAAAACGAUUUUGAAAACGGAACGAAAUGAAAACGGUACAAAACGUUUUAGUGUAAACACCUGAAAACGGUACGAUUUCAUACCAGAUUCUCAUAGAGGCUAGCUUUUUAUCCAAAGUGAGGCCAUUUCAAAAGUGCUAACAUAACAAAGUCCAAGCGGCCCCAAAGCGGACUAAACAUUCUCGAUUUAUUAAAUUCUACAAAGUUUUCCUGAGUUCACCAAUCAUCAGUAGAAAUGCCAGUUAAUCGAAAAACCGUCGCUCUUUUAAUUGGGGCUUUGCAGUUCAAUCUUGGCUUAAUCUGUCGUCAGUUGACAUUAUAUGCACAGAAUAUGCAGAAGAUUUGUGAACUGAUACUAUCAAGCAGUCACGCUGGCAAACCUAUGACUAGCAAGACAUGCAAACGGAAAAGAAAACCACGAAGGUUCUGGGUAAGGCGGGGCAGAACGCAAGUUUGGUGGAAUAACUUCAAGGAAAAUGUGAUGGUGAAAGAAGAAUGGAGGGAAAACUUCAGAAUGUCCAGAGAGACAUUCACUGAACUUUGCGAUGAAUUAAGGCCAUAUAUUCAAAAGCAGAGGACACACUUAAGAGAAUCUAAUGAUGUGGAAACCCAAGUUGCUAUGACUCUUUAUUACAUGUCAGAUAAAGGGCGGUACAGGAAGGUAGCAAAUUCGUUUGGAGUAGCUAGAUCUACUGUUUCAAUGGUGAUACGCAGAGUAACCAAGGCUAUAUCACAGCAUCUUGGAUCAAAAUAUAUCAAAUUGCCAGUUACUCAAGCAGAAGUUGAACACCAUACCAAAAAAUUUCUCGAAAACCACAGAUUUCCACAAUGCAUUGGAGCAGUGGACGGAACUCACAUUGAAAUCAAUCAGCCGAAUGACAACUAUACAGAUUUUUUAAACCGCAAGGGUAGAUACUCAUUCAAUGUUCAGGCUGUCUGCAAUUAUCAAUAUCUCUUCAUAGAUGUUGUCAUUCAGUGGCCUGGCUCAGUCCAUGAUUCAAGAGUUUUUGGAAAUUCCAGCAUAAGUCAUUGUCUUCGCUCAGGGAAAAUACCAACCCAAGAAAAGGAAAUUGUUCCAGAUUCCAAGAAAGUACCAGUUUGCCUAAUAGGUGAUGCAGCUUACCCGAUACUGCCUUUCUUAAUGAAAGAAUUCCCAUCUGGUGGGAAAACAGUCCAUGAGCAAUUUUUUAGCUAUCGAUUGUCAUCAGCACGGAUGACAAUUGAAUGUGCAUUUGGCAGAUUGAAAGGACGGUUCAGUGCAUUGAGGAGGCCAUUAGAUAUCAAGUUGGAAUCAGUCCCCUAUUUUAUUCAUGCUUGCUUCAUAUUACAUAAUAUAUGUGAACUGAAGAAUGAGCCCAUUCAUGAAAGUUUGGUUCAAAGGUCAAAGGAGGUUGAUAAAAAUGCUCAGCCUCCUUUAACAACACAUAGAAACAACAAUAGUGCUGUGGAAACUGAUGGGAAAAAAUAAGAGACAUUUUUGUUAAGUAUUUUGACUAAUGAUAUCAUGCUAACAACCAAUUAUAAGUUUGAGCUUUAACAUGAAACAUGAAACUUUAACACUGUCUAAUAUUUUUGCUUAUAAGUCGAUAUAAGUGAUUUCAUCAUCAGAUUCUUCAAAAUCUGCAAUAUGUGUUCUUCUUACUUCCUGAUACGGUCUUUGGUUGGCACUUUUAAUCUGAUCCAGAACGCCUUGGCUACCACCUUGUGCAGGGGUGUAUUGCACUUGUUGCAGCUGGUUGAAGGCUGGCUGAGGUAUAUAGUGUGGCUGACUUAGUGCUGCAGUUAGGGCAUUUGUGAGAUUGACAAGAGAAUUUGUUAAAAUAUUCAUUUGUGCUGCAUUAGAUUGAUUUAUUUCCUUCAUCUCUGCAAGCAUUUGCUUUUUAAAAGACAUGUCAUCUUUAGCCAACUGCAGCAUUUGCUUCUCAUGCGAUAAGGGCUUUCUCAAUUUAGAAUUUCGAGUCUCUUUCAAAUGUUCAAUCAUACUCCUCUUAUGCAAGGGUUCUUGUCCAAAUUAAAUCCGUUACUACUUUGGGAACAUUCAAUAUCACCAUCAUUCCCUGUAGUAUUGUUGCCAGAUGGUUGAUCGUUGAUGGGGGACGAUGAAUCGAACGAGCUUGUGUCUAUACCCCCAACAACUGAUUCGGCUGCUGGCCACCCAGCCCAAAUAUCUGAACACAAAUUAUAAAAUUGACAAACAACGCGUCCUCCACCACUUUUCCUUCCUGAAUCCAAUGCAAUUUUGAAUUUAUUCCUUAAUGCUUUUAUUUUAGCAAGUAGCCUGUCUUUGGUGAAAGAAGCUGCUGGGCUUUCACAACAAGUCCUUCACUUUUGCCGUCUUUUGGAUAUCGUUCGAGAAAGAUUACUCGAAUUUCGGUGUACUUCGUCUUGAUACACUCCCAAUCAAAUCCUUGACCAGCCUUGUCGGUCUUAUAAUGAAGUAUUACUUCAAGCAGAAGUUGUAUCUCCUCAUCGCUCCAACUAAACAAACUAUUCUUCUCUUCUGGAGAUACGCCUUUUCUUUUUGGAGGCAUGUCGAUGAUGAAUAUAUUACCAGCUUACUGAUGACGGAUGAACGCAGGAAAACUUUGUAGAAUUUAAUAAAUCGAGAAUGUUUAGUCCGCUUUGGCGCCACUUGGACUUUGUUAUGUUAGCACUUUUGAAAUGGCCUCACUUUGGAUAAAUAGCUAGCCUCUAUGAGAAUCUGGUAUGAAAUCGUACCGUUUUCAGGUGUUUACACUAAAACGUUUCGUACCGUUUUCAUUUCGUUCUGUUUUCAAAAUCGUUUUCGUUUUAUACCAGAUACGAUCCCGUUUCAGUGUAAACGGAAGGCCAAAACGGCACAUUUUCAUACCGUUUUCAUUUCGUACCGGCAUAGUGUAAACGGGGCCUUAGUAACCUCUAGUGACUACAAGCGUAGCAGUGUCUGUCUGACAGAAAAAAGAAAGACUUUCUGCUUGGUUUUCUAUUUACACACUCACAAUUUUGUAGCUCUGAUACCUAGGAAAUUUCUAUGCAGUUUUUUAAGAUCUGAAAUUACUUGUUUGGUAAGCAAAAAGUGACCAAUUGUUUGAAGCGCUAGUAAUUAGGAGGGGCACAGAAAGAGAGGGAAAGAUAUCCUACGUAAGGGGCACUCCCCCGAAGCUCUUAACCUCUUUGUUGGAGAUAUGUGCCUCUGGUGCUCUUCCCUCCCUUGUAACAAGGCUUUGGAAUAUAUUAUUGAAACUUACCGUCUUGAACUUUUGACUUUUGGCAAUACGUUCUUGGACUGCAUUUAACUUUUUCUCAACGUCUUGAGAUUCUCGAAAGAUAGGGACUGCCAGUUUUUCGUAUUCUUCCAGUUUGUGGAGAUACCACCCAAGACCUCCACCAUUUUGCAACUCCUCUUCGGAAAUAUCAUUCCAACACGCCAGAUUGUUUUUCUCUUCCACAAGAAACUCUCGCCACCACUAAUGUUCUGCUGCUGUGAACCGUUCGUUGCAAUAUCUUACACCAUUUUCUAUUGCCUCCAUUGGAUUUUGAGAGGCAUAUGUUUGAAUGUACUAUGUAUAUGAUAAUAUUUCUAAGUAAAAUUUGGCUAAAUUAAUCACAUCACCAUUGCUACAUAUUUUAUAGAAAGUGUCCAGUGAAAUUUACAUGGGCCGUCAAGCCAAUUUUGUCUGAUGUAACCAUUAACUAUGAAAGAAAUAUGGCAGCAUUCAGUAAAGUUCGAACUGAAAAUAACAUUAAAGAUAAGAUUAUACCUGAUCAAUAUCUUCAUGAGUAUGACCCACCAUCAAAAAUGAGAUAAUAAAAAAGCUAAACUCUUAAGGUUAUAGUACACUCUUCGUUCAGAUCUACACCAAAAAAAUGAUUUGGCGUGAGGCUUUGUUUGCUUCAGAAGGUUGAUUUUACCAAGUUAUCAUAGCAGCUUUUUAUAAUUUUUAGAACAUCCCUUUGAAGGUCAUUGUGACUCUCCUUAAGACUUUUGACGUCUUCUCUCGUAAGGAUGAACAUUCCUUUUUCAGUUCUUUGAUUAAUGUGCAUAUUCCACAUUUCGUGAAUUGGUUUCUCUAAAAAGGAAAAAGGCAUCAUAAAUGCCCGAAGCUCUGAAACCAGUUGAAAAGGGGGAAGGCUCAUGCCUAAAGAUUCUGCAUAAAAACCCUUUAGCUUCGAUGGAAGAGUAAUUGCUUCUCAAUUGUAGUAUGAACAUAAAUUUCAACAUUUUGAGGGUGCUUCCACAAGUUGCUAA